UCUGGCCACUUUCUCGAUGAUCCGUAGCAAUGUUGGUGCCGUUCAGCCCAAUGGGGCGGCAGGUAGCCUAGUGGUUAGAGUGUUGGGCUAGUAACUGAAAGGUUGCUGGAUUGAAUCCCUGACCUGUCAAGGUGGGCCUGUGGUCAUUGUGCGAGUGACUAGUGAAUUUGAAAAGAGGUGGUAUUAUUCGAUGGCCAGCCAGACUGCCAGAGGAAUCCCUUGAUGAGCAGAGAGAUGUUUGGAGGCCUGUCCAUCUCAACACCAAGCCAGGAACCAGGGACACCCAGGCUCAUGCGCACCAACUCUGACUUCUGCAGAGACCUGGACGGUCAACUGAAAGGCUGCUUCGAUGGUCCAGCUCUGAGCAGUGACUUCCUCAAUGAAGACCCCGUCUCUCUAAAAAAUGAUUUUUUCAAAGAGUUAAGGGAUCUAGGCCUGGAGAACUCUGGGGCAACAUGUUCAACCAUGGAGGAACCCCAGCCUGCUGUGACCAACACCAUGCUCCUGGAGACCACCACCCCUGGGCCUGACUCUCCAAGCCAACCGCCAACUGUCUUCCCUGUGGACCUGGACGCUGAGACUGCCCCUUCCCUUCAGGAGCUCUUCCAGCCACAGAUGUUCCCUGAAGUGUUCGGACCAGGCUGUGGUAUAAGUAGCACUGACCUGCUGCUGCCUACCAGCACACCCCCUCCUGGUUACUCACCAGCCUGUGGAUCCACCCAGGGUGAUGAUGGACCCAAUAGGGGCUCUAUGAACAACCUCAAUCUGGACCCGAACUCAGCCCAGACAACACCGCUACUAUCCCAGCAUGCCCUGCCACAGGUGGAACAGGCUCAGCGCUCUCAGCUCUGCAAUGACUCCAUCUUUGAGCCAGGGUUUAGCCCAGCCCACCCCUGGUCCCAGGUGGUGAAGUUUGAUGCUACCCCCCAGGCUCCCACCACCGCGCAUCCUUCUGACACCAUGGAACCCACUGACACCACCACUCUGCUCUCCCAGCCCAGCAGCCCUCUGCCAAUGAGCACUAGGGACGCCGGCCAGAUCCACAUCCAUGUCACCGGGGUCAAUGAGGUGGUUGUCAUGGUGACAGAGGUGGAAGGAGAGGAGGUGGAGGAGCUUCAGAGCCUGAUGACCAUAGCGCCCCAGUCAUCGUGCUGCCAGCUGGUGAUGGAACAGCCAGAGAAUGCAGUGAGAGAGGAAGAGGGGGAUGAGGAGAAGAAGGAGAAGCCUGGACGCUGUUGGAGUGGAGGGUGCUGUUUCUUCUCUUGCAUGUCGAGCAAGACAGAGCAAUGAA